AUGCGCCAGGGGCCGCGCAGGCUGCGGCCGGCCGCCGGGGCCGCCCGCGGGGAGCUGGAGCCGUGCCGCCGCCGGAGCCCCGGCCGCCCCCGACGGCGCCUGUGGCUCCUGUGGCUGGGGCUGGCUGCCGGGGCUCUGCUGGGGCUGGGGCUGCUCUGGAGGGAGGCGGCGGGCCCCGGCCUGGGGGCCGAGGAAGAGCCGCCGCCGCCGCCCGGGGGCUCCCAGCUGAGCCACAAGCCCCGGAGCCUGUCCAGCAGCCGGCUGAAACGCCUGGCCUCCCUGGUGGACCUCCAGCGGCUUUGGCAUAGCUAUCUGCAACCCAUACUGAUCGAGAGGUACCCUGGCAGCAGCGGGAGCAACCAAGUCCGGCAGUUCAUCACAGAACGCCUGAAAGGGCUGGCUGCUUCCUGGCACGUAGAGCUGGACUCCUUCGAGGACCGGACUCCACGUGGCACCGUGAGCUUUGCCAACGUGGUGGCCACUCUGGACCCUGCUGCCACCCGCCGCCUGGUGCUGGCCUGCCACUACGACUCAAAGUAUUUCCCCCACGACAGGCAGGGCCGGGCCUUCCUGGGGGCUACGGACUCAGCCGUGCCCUGCUCAAUCCUGCUGGAGCUGGUGACGGCCCUGGACAAGGAGCUGCUGCGGUCCAAGGAGCAGGGUUCCGAGAUGUCUUUGCAGCUGCUGUUUCUCGAUGGGGAAGAGGCCUUUGGGGAGUGGAGUGACACGGACUCCCUGUACGGGGCACGUCAUUUGGCAGAACGCAUGGCCACAGCCUCGCUCCGCCCGGGUGUCACUCAGCUCCAGGCAAUGGCUCUGUUUGUUUUGCUGGACCUUCUGGGGGCUGAACAGCUGAGCAUCCAGAAUCAUUUUCUGGACACUGCUGGUUGGUUUGACAGACUUGUCGGCAUUGAAAGACGUCUACACCGCCUGGGUCUCCUGGCAUCCCACCCCCAAGAGCAGCUGUAUUUCAGCCGACAUCCCAUCUACGGCCCUGCCCAAGAUGACCACGUUCCCUUCCUUCAAAGAGGUGUCCCAGUCCUUCACCUCAUCGCCACACCUUUCCCUGAGUCCUGGCAUACCAUGGAGGACACGGAGGCAAACUUGCACCGACCCACAGUGGAGAACUUGUGUAAGAUCCUGGCAGCUUUUGUGGCAGAAUACCUGUGGCUGUGAGG